AUGGACACACUGUUGGGUUGGGGGACGCUAAGCCGCGCCAACCACGACACCGUACAGGUAGACAGUCAAAUGGAUGCCGCGCUGGAUGUCGCGUUGCUCUUCAGCGUUGUGAUGCUGCCCCCACUUGUGAGAAUUCGCACUAUGUACACCAACUGCUGGUUUGUCUUCACCUUGAUCGCACAUCUACUGGCAUCCGAGGCAGCACUGGGUAUUGCCACAUCCAUGGGCAUCACUAUCAUGGUAGGCUGGUACUCUUUGCGCGUGUUUGACCGGUACGCGUUCACGGCCAUCCUUAACGGCUGGCUCGGAGUCUGGGCCAGCUCACCAUUGCUCGGCUUCGCGGCGCGUGUCGGUGACAUCAUGCUACACCUGCUCGUGCCGAUGCUGCUAGUCUCGUGCUACCUCCCUCUCGUCCGCGUGUGGAUGAGUGUGCCUGCGUUAAUAUCAUCGCGACUUUGGAGCCAUUUUGUAGUGGGCGGCGGGGUUUUUCCCAAGGCUGAUCACAUCUACCGCUUCUCGCCACCGCGCUCACAGCGCUUUUGGAACGCAGCGUACAAGAUGGAGCUCCUGCUAAACCUGCUCGUCCCGCUCUUCUGCGUCCUGGCACAUCAGAGAUCGUUUUGGGUGUAUGUCGCUACGGCGAUCGCAGGGGCAAUUCUGUUUUGCCUUCAGCUGAUCCGCUCGCUGUCGUUGCCUAGAUUGCGUCGGAACGCGAAGACGAUCAUGUGCCGUUUACUGUCCAGCGGUGGUAUUAGACCCAAUGUGGACUUCAUUGUCCGAGAUGACUCUUUUUGGCUGGAUUGGAUGAGCGAGGGGCUUGUAGCAAUUGGCGAAUCUUACGUUGGCUGUCUGUGGGCGACAAACUCCGCUCGAACUUUGGACGAAGUGGUCGCUAGCCUGCUUACCAUUCCGAUGGAGGGCAGACAAGAGAUGUACCGAUCCUGGAGCGCUCGUUUUGUGGCACUGGCAGCGAGGCUGUUCAACUAUCCUCCGUCUUCAAUGGGGCUCGUUGUUGGUGCAGUCUCGGAGCAGUUUGAUCUCUGUCCCGAAUUCCGACAGGCGUACAUGGACCGGUACUUCCAUCAAGGCUUUGGUAUUUGGUCAGCAGGGACAACAACCAUCGACGCUGCACAAACCAACAAGCUUGCCAAUUUGGACCAGCAGCUAGACAUUCAGACUGGCCAAACCGUCUUGGACAUCAGCAUCGGGUCGUGGGGAGGGGUGGGCUGCUUCCUCGCUCAGCAGCACCCUGAUGUUACCGUAGUAUCCGUGCUGUCGUCGGUCCAAGAGCUCGCACGCGCCAAGAAAUUCGCCCGUGAACUUGAAGUCUUUGAUCAAACGGAGUUCGUGCUCGCUGAGACGCCUGAAAAGCUACUUACACUUUUGAGUGGCUUCCGUGCUUCAAUGUUUGACCGCAUCACGCUGUGUGGUGUAAUGGAAACCAUACCAGAUGUGCAGCGAACUCGAUUCCUGCGAACACUGAAGCGCAUCCAGACCGCGAAUGGAACGACGGUGCUUGAGUUUAGCGCCUGCACAGCCGCGCACAUGGCGACUCACGCUUGGACCAACAAAUACGUACACACCGCGUACCCUUGCUACGCCAUUACUCUGCCGUUUAUGCGUCGAUUAGCUGGCGAGACGGGCUUCACACUUCGAGACACGCUUGGCUACUCGGAUCACUACAAACGCACGUUCCUCGAGUGGAACCGUCGAUUCCAAGCACAAUGGGGUCACGACUCAGCACCUAAUAGAGUUGGCCAAGCCCUGACAAUGGUCCAAAUGACUCAAUUGCAGCACAUGCCGUCGCUGCCCGAGUCCUUUAAACGCACAUGGGGGUUCUACCUGUUGCAUUGUGCUGCUUGCUAUCAGUCUGGUGCUCUGCAAGUGUUCCAGAUCAGAAUGGGUUAAACUACAGAAUUAGGAUUAAACAAAUCUAAAUUUGUCCAGAAAAAA